AUGAGCGGAGAAGGCAGCGCGUCUGCUUCACAUCACAAAGCUCGAAGCCUCGGGAGGAUGUCUGAAGGAGAUGUAAUGACGCUGCCGAGCAACUCGCUGGGUAACUUGUCCCGGCAUGAGUCUCGCACUCUCACCCGGCUGUACUCUUGCAAUGGGGGCCACCAUCUGAGGAUUCUGCCGGAUGGGACUGUCAAUGGUGGUCUGCUGGAAAAUGACCUCUAUGACAUCCUGAGGCUGCAGGCUACAAAUGUGGGCGAGGUCGUGGUGAUGGGUGAGCACACCACAAAGUACCUGGCCAUGAACAAGAAAGGACGCCUCUAUGGAUCACUGACGCUCAACGAUGAGUGUUACUUUCUGGAGAAAUACGAGGAGAACCACUACAAUACAUAUCGGUCGCGAAAAUACGAAUGGUACGUGGCGCUCAAGAAGAACGGAAAACCUAAAGCGGGCCCCAAGGCGGAUCUGACACAGAAGGCCGUCUUCUUCCUGCCAAGGUCGGCGGACGGGCGUUAUGGCGCAGGUGAAACUCAACCACAGGAUCAGCCAGACGCUUGCGACGUUGCCUUGCCAAAAAAAAAAAAAAAAAAAAGAAUAAAUAAAUCAUAAAACAUGAAACCUGGA